GUUAAUUUACUCCACCUUUCUCAGCUCUCUUAUACUGACAAAUAAUAUUUUUAUAUUGAGUAAUAAUAUUAAUAGAUAUGGACAAGGCUUUUAUGGACGUUUUUUUAUGGACGCUACUUGCCUUCGUACUGACUUGGACGACAUACCACGUCACCAACAGGAGGAAGAAGGCAACGAAGUUGGCGGAUGUGGCCGUGGAGGAGAUACGAUACGGUGGUCCUGACGUCAUCAUCGUCGGAGCUGGUGUUGGCGGCUCAGCUCUCGCCUAUGCUCUUGCUAAGGAUGGACGUCGAGUACAUGUGAUAGAGAGGGACAUGAGAGAGCCAGAGAGAAUGAUGGGGGAGUUUAUGCAGCCAGGAGGACGACUCUUUCUUUCUAAGCUUGAUCUUCAAGAUUGUUUGGAGGGAAUAGACGCACAGAAAGCCACCGGCUUGACACUUUAUAAGGACGGAAAAGAAGCCGCCUCACCUUUUCCGGUGGAGGACAACAACUUCCCUUAUGAACCAUCAGCUCGAAUGUUUUACAAUGGCCGUUUUGUCCAGAGACUGCGCCAAAAGGCCUCUUCUCUUCCCAAUGUGCGACUAGAAGAAGGGACGGUGAGAUCUUUGAUAGAAGAAAAAGGAGUAAUCAAAGGAGUGACAUACAAGAACAGUUUAGGCGAAGAAUCGACCGCCUUUGCACCUCUCACUGUGGUAUGCGACGGUUGCUACUCGAACCUUCGUCGCUCUCUAAACGACAACAAUGCGGAGGUUAUUUCGUACACAGUUGGUUACGUCUCAAAGAAUUGUCGCCUUGAAGAACCCGAGAAGUUACACUUAAUAAUGGCAAAACCGUCGUUCACCAUGUUGUAUCAAAUCAGCAGCACCGACGUUCGUUGUGGUUUUGAGCUUUUCUCUAAUUAUUUUCCUUCUAUUGCCAAUGGGGAGAUGGCUUCCUUCGUGAAGAACGAUCUUGCUCCUCAGGUACCUCCAAAACUCCGCAAAAUAUUUUUGAAAGGGAUUGAAGAGGGAGCAAAAAUAAAAGUGACGCCAGCAAAGAGAAUGUCAGCUACCUUGAGCAGAAAAAAAGGAGUGAUCGUCUUGGGAGAUGCAUUUAACAUGCGUCAUCCAGCAAUCGCAUCUGGAAUGAUGGUUUUAUUGUCUGACAUUCUCAUUUUACGCCGUCUUCUCAAACCAUUGAGAAACCUCGGUGAUGCCAACAAAGUAUCAGAAGUUAUUAAAUGCUUUUAUGUAAUACGCAAGCCGAUGUCAGCAACAGUGAACACACUAGGGAAUGCAUUUUCACAAGUGCUAGUUGCAUCAACGGACCAAGCAAAAGAGGCGAUGCGACAGGGCUGCUAUGAUUACCUCUCUAGUGGUGGGUUUCGCACGUCAGGCAUGAUGGCUCUGUUUGGCGGCAUGAACCCUCGUCCGCUUUCUCUUAUCUAUCAUUUGUUCGCUAUUACUUUAUCCUCCAUUGGCCAACUGCUCUCUCCAUUUCCAUCUCCUCUUCGCAUUUGGCAUAGCCUCAGACUUUGUGGUGUAAGACAUUAUAUCUUUCUUUGAACUGGUGUCUUUGAAAUUGUUGAUUCCGCAUCUCAAGGCUGAAGGGGUUAUCCAUAUGAUGUCUCCAAUAAAUGCAGCUGCGUAUUGCAAAAACUAUAUGACCGCAACCGCAGUGUAAACAUUGUGAUGCUCUGAAAACCGCGAUAUGUAUCAGACGUAUGUAUGGAUCACAAAAAAUUAUGAUAAUGUCAAAAUUGUAUUGGACGCAUUAUGUUAUAGAAGAUAAUUUUCGGAAUGCUUAAGACAAAAAAAAAAGAAUAAUAAGUAUGUGGUUUGAUAUUUAUAUUGA